AUGGCAACAAAGGAUAAGAAAGAACCACAACAGAAACAAGUAAAGUCAAAGGAGGCCAAGGAUAAGCUAAACACUGCUGGUGUUGGCAAGGAGGAGGACUUCUCAGAGUGGUACACCAACGUCAUCACUCGUUCAGAGAUGAUCGACUACUAUGACAUCUCUGGUUGCUACGUGCUCAGACCAUGGUCAUACAACAUCUGGGAGCAGAUUCAAGCAUUCUUUGAUGCCGAGAUCAAGAAGUUGGGCGUUCAGAACGCUUACUUCCCACUGCUCGUCUCGGAGAAGGCCUUGACCACCGAGAAGGACCACAUUGAGGGAUUCGCCCCAGAGGUCGCAUGGGUUACCAAGUCGGGCCAAUCACAGCUCUCCGAGCCAGUCGCCAUCCGUCCAACAUCAGAGACCAUCAUGUACCCAGCCUACGCCAAGUGGAUUCGCUCGCAUCGUGAUCUCCCACUGAAGCUCAACCAAUGGGUCAACGUCGUGCGUUGGGAGUUCAAGCACGCCGUGCCAUUCUUGAGAUCAAGAGAGUUCCUCUGGCAGGAGGGUCACACUGUCUUCUCCACCAAGGAGGAGGCCGACAAGGAGGUCUUCCAGAUUCUCAGACUGUACAAGCGUGUCUAUGAGGAGUUGCUCGCUGUGCCAAUGAUCGAGGGUCUCAAGUCCGAGAAGGAGAAGUUUGCUGGUGGUCUCUACACCUCCACCAUCGAGGGCUUCAUCCCAACCAACGGUCGUGGAAUCCAGGCCGCCACCUCUCACUGUCUCGGUCAGAACUUCUCCAAGAUGUUCAACAUUGAGUUCGAGGACGACAAGGGAGGCAAGUCGCUGGCAUGGCAAAACUCGUGGGGCAUCACCACCAGAACAAUUGGUGUGAUGGUCAUGGUCCACGGAGAUGACAAUGGUCUCGUCUUGCCACCAAGAGUUGCUCCAAUCCAGGCAGUGGUCGUCCCACUCUACUUCUCUGGCAGUGACAACUCUGUUGUCGACAAGAGGUCAGAGGAGGUCGUCCAGCUCCUCAAGGACGCUGGCAUUCGUGCUCACCUUGACGCUCGUCCAGGCUACAGUCCACGUGACAAGUUCCAGCAAUGGGAGCUCAAGGGUGUCCCAAUCCGUAUCGAGAUCGGACCAAAGGACAUUGAGAAGAACUGCGUGAUGAUCUGUCGUCGUGACAACCGCGAGAAGAGCUCUGUCGCCGAUGCCAGUUUGGUUCAAACGAUCAGCGAGACCUUGCAAGCCAUCCAGGCCAACCUCUUGGCCCGUGCCACCAAGACCCGUAACGAGUCAAUCACCCCAAUCACCCAAUGGCCAGAGUUUGUCCCAACAUUGGACAAGCGUCACUUGGUGUUGGCACCAUGGUGUGAGGUGCCAGAGUGUGAGGAUGGCGUCAAGAAGCGUUCCAACGAGGAGUCUCUGAAGAACAAGGACGAGUCCGAGAAGGGUUUCCGCUUGACCGGUGCCGCCAAGUCACUCUGUAUCCCACUCAACCCAGCCGAGUUGAGAGAUCUUCCAGCCAUCACCGCCGAGACCUGUUGUUUCGCCUGUGAGAGAAAGGCCAAGAAGUGGACACUCUUUGGAAGAAGUUAUUAA